GCAGGGCUGUGGGCCGGGGAGGAAGGUGGUUGGCCGUCUCUUCACCUCCUCUGCUGCUGCCUCCUCUGCUUGUGCCGCCGCGGCGCCUGGCCGCUGGGCCGCUCGGGCAUGAGACCGUGAGGCGAGCGACGGGCCGGGACCGCCGACAUGUUUGGCCGCUCGCGGAGCUGGGUGGGCGGGGGCCAUGGCAAGUCUUCCCGCAAUAUCCACUCCUUGGACCACCUCAAGUAUCUGUACCACGUUUUGACCAAAAACACCACCGUCACAGAACAGAACCGGAACCUGCUGGUGGAGACCAUCCGAUCCAUCACUGAGAUCCUGAUCUGGGGGGAUCAGAAUGACAGCUCUGUGUUUGACUUCUUCCUGGAGAAGAACAUGUUUGUUUUCUUCCUGAACAUCCUGCGGCAGAAGUCAGGCCGCUAUGUGUGCGUUCAGCUGCUGCAGACCUUGAACAUCCUCUUUGAGAACAUCAGUCACGAGACCUCACUUUAUUAUUUGCUCUCUAAUAACUAUGUAAAUUCUAUCAUCGUCCAUAAAUUUGACUUUUCUGAUGAGGAGAUUAUGGCUUAUUAUAUAUCGUUCCUGAAAACGCUCUCAUUAAAACUCAACAACCACACUGUCCACUUCUUUUACAACGAGCACACUAAUGACUUCGCCCUGUACACGGAAGCCAUCAAGUUUUUCAAUCACCCCGAAAGCAUGGUUAGGAUUGCUGUAAGAACCAUAACUUUAAACGUCUACAAAGUGGAUAACCAGGCCAUGCUGCACUAUAUCAGAGAUAAAACUGCUGUCCCUUACUUCUCCAAUUUGGUCUGGUUCAUCGGGAGCCACGUGAUCGAGCUCGACAACUGUGUGCAGACGGAUGAGGAGCACCGGAAUCGGGGGAAACUGAGUGACCUGGUGGCGGAGCACCUGGACCACCUGCACUAUCUCAAUGACAUCCUGAUCAUCAACUGUGAGUUCCUCAACGAUGUGCUCACAGACCACCUGCUCAAUAGGCUCUUCCUGCCUCUCUACGUGUACUCGCUGGAGAACCAGGACAAGGGAGGAGAACGACCGAAAAUCAGCCUGCCGGUUUCUCUCUACCUUCUGUCGCAGGUCUUCCUAAUUAUACAUCACGCACCCCUGGUGAACUCGUUAGCUGAAGUCAUUCUGAACGGUGAUCUGUCUGAGACAUACGCUAAGCCUGAACAGGAUGUGCAGAGAAGCUGCGCCAAGCCCAGCAUUCGGUGCUUCAUUAAACCCACCGAGACGCUAGAGCGGUCCCUUGAGAUGAACAAGCACAAGGGCAAGAGGCGGGUGCAAAAGAGACCCAACUACAAAAACGUUGGGGAGGAAGAGGAUGAGGAGAAAGGGCCCGCCGAGGAUGCCCAAGAAGACGCCGAGAAGGCUAAAGGUACAGAGGGUGGUUCAAAAGGCACCAAGACGAGUGGGGAGAGUGAAGAGAUAGAGAUGGUGAUCAUGGAGCGCAGCAAGCUCCCGGAGCUGGCGGCCGGCUCCUCGGUGCAGGAGCAGAACACGACGGACGAGGAGAAGAGCGCGGCCACGGGCCUGGAGAGUGUCCAGUGGAGCAGACCCUUCCUGGAUAUGGUGUACCAUGCCCUGGACAGCCCGGAUGACGAUUACCACGCGCUCUUUGUGCUCUGCCUCCUGUACGCGAUGUCACAUAACAAAGGCAUGGACCCUGAAAAGCUAGAGCGAAUCCAGCUCCCAGUGCCCAGCGCGGCCGAGAAGACCACCUACAACCAUCUCCUGGCGGAAAGGCUCAUCAGGAUCAUGAACAACGCCGCGCAGCCAGACGGGAAGAUCCGGUUGGCGACACUGGAGCUGAGCUGCCUGCUCCUAAAGCAGCAAGUCGUGACCAGCACGGGCUGCAUCAUAAAGGACGUGCACCUGGCCUGCCUGGAGGGCGCCAGAGAAGAAAGCGUCCACCUCGUGCGGCACUUUUAUAAGGGAGAAGAAAUCUUUUUGGACAUGUUUGAGGAUGAGUACAGGAGCAUGACAAUGAAGCCCAUGAAUGUGGAGUAUCUCAUGAUGGACGCCUCCAUCCUGCUGCCCCCAACAGGCACGCCGCUGACGGGCAUUGACUUUGUGAAGCGGCUGCCGUGUGGUGACGUGGAGAAGACCCGGCGGGAUAAGUUCCCAGAAGUGGAAUUUCUGGUUCAAAGGGCCAUCCGGGUGUUCUUCAUGCUCCGUUCCCUAUCACUGCAACUGCGAGGAGAGCCCGAGACCCAGCUGCCUCUGACACGGGAGGAGGACCUGAUCAAAACAGACGAUGUCCUAGAUCUGAACAACAGCGACCUGAUCGCAUGCACGGUGAUCACCAAGGAUGGCGGCAUGCUCCAGCGGUUCCUGGCCGUCGAUAUUUACCAGAUGAGUUUGGUGGAGCCCGAUGUGUCCAGGCUUGGCUGGGGAGUGGUCAAGUUUGCAGGCCUUCUGCAGGACAUGCAGGUUACCGGCGUGGAGGAUGACAGCCGCGCCCUGAACAUCACCAUCCACAAGCCUGCGUCUAGCCCCCAUUCCAAGCCCUUCCCCAUCCUCCAGGCCACCUUCAUCUUCUCUGACCACAUUCGCUGCAUCAUCGCCAAGCAGCGCCUGGCCAAGGGCCGCAUCCAGGCGAGGCGCAUGAAGAUGCAGAGGAUAGCUGCCCUCCUGGACCUCCCGAUCCAGCCGACGACUGAAGUCCUGGGGUUUGGUCUCGGGUCCUCUUCCGCCCAGCACCUGCCUUUCCGUUUCUACGACCAGUGCCGCCGGGGCAGCAGCGACCCCACAGUGCAGCGCUCUGUGUUUGCGUCUGUGGACAAGGUACCAGGCUUCGCCGUGGCCCAGUGCAUAAACCAGCACAGCUCGCCAUCCCUGGCCUCACCGUCACCGUCUGCCAGUGGGAGCCCCAGUGGCAGUGGGAGCACAAGCCACUGUGACUCAGGAGGCGCCAGCUCGUCGUCCACCCCCUCUGCUGCCCAGAGCCCGGCAGAUGACCCCACAACUACGGAGCAGCCUCAGCCUAACUUCCCUGACCAGCUGGUGAUUGUCAAUGAAACCGAAUCAGAUGCCAGGCCCAGCAAGAGCCUGGUAAGGAGCGCGGACACAGAGACAGUCAACCUGUCCCCCAGCCUCAUCCCCGCCCAGCAGCCCACCAUCUCCCUGCUCUGUGAGGACACUGCCGACACACUGAGCGUGGAGUCGCUGACCCUCGUCCCACCUGUGGACCCCCACAGCCUCCGCACCCUCGCCAGCAUCCCCCCGCCGCCCACGCCAGCCGCAGUGGGCACGGGGACCCCGGGCGAGGGGGCUGAGCACCCGGAGCCAGCGGGCCCCACUGAGCAGUGAGUCGGCCUCCCUUGGUGUGUGUGGCCCCGCUGGUAGGGACCCAGUGCCGCUGACUCAAAAGACACCUUGGGGGCAUCCACGGUUCUCUGCAGCCCCCAGGAACCAUUUCAAACCAUCCUUGUGCUCCUGUGCUCUGUUUGAAUUGCUCUUUUCCUUCAGACCUCUUUGAGAGCAGGCUGGACCAGCGGAGACACCCCAGUAAACCCAGACGACUGAGGUGGCCGCCUCAGGGAGAGGUUGGGCUCCUGAUCUCAGAGUCCACAGCCCCAGGGUGGCAGGACCCACUGGCAACACUUCAUCAGCCAGCCCCUCCUCAGUCUCGAAGGUUCUCUGCCACCGUCUCCAAUGUGCACAGAAGAAGCGGACAUGGUCACUUUGUGUAGAAAUUUGUAGAAAAGCAAAUUUCGAUAAACAUUUCCUUUGGAUAUUUAUUCCUGCUUUUGGCAGCAGAUGAGUAGCGUCUAUUUAAAAACAAACGUUAAAAACAACAAAAAAUCCUCCACCCUAAGGUUGGAUGUCAUGUUAAAAGUGUAAUAUUACGUGAAGAUUUCAUUUUCAUUUUCCCUUGAACUUCCCAUGGUCUGGAUUUCAAGUUCUCAGUCUGGCUUUCUCCAUUGUCUUAAGGGAUUCUUAUUUCUUUAUUACUCACUAAUUCUGCAAGCCUGUGGAAUGAUAAAAGUCCCUUCCUGGAAAGUUUAGAGUAUUUUUUAAACAAAAAUAAGGGAGAGACACAUAUUCUCAGGUACACACAGAGCUGAGAGGGCCGAAAGUUUCUCUGCCGUGGCAGCCCUGGGGGCUUGCGAUACCCGGAAGGUCUUUCCAUGAAAGGGAACAGUGCGGUCAGCUCCCUGCUCAGGACCAUUCCUCAUCUCUCUGGACUAAAACCAAACAGGAUGGUUUUCCAGCAUCACCCUCAGUUGUUACCAUCUCUCUAUCUGUCAGAGAAAGGACCAUUUGGGACUUCAAAGACUCUGGCCCCAGUGGCCACAAUGGAAAGAAAAGGCCAUGGAAACCGUCCUCUGUGUCCAUCACCUGCCACCCAACUGAGGGGGUGCCCACGUGCAGGGAGACCCCGGGAGCCAGCCCCUAACCAGUGGCAAGGGCGUGAUAUCUGAGCUCACAGAGUUCACAGGGAUUGUCCUGGGAGCUCGGGGUUUGUCCCUCUUCCUCUCAGCUGCUACUGUAAAGAUGCAAGCUCAUUUUUGAAAUGAAAACCCGCACUUCCUUUUCCAUUGGGUCUGGAUGUGUGCCGGCCAGGCCUCCACCGUAUCCGACAAAGCACCCAAGAUGUUCUUUCUACUCGGCCAGGCACAGCCAAGCGACCGUCACUUCUCUCUGGUCAGUAGUCAGACCUUCCAAAACUCACCUCCACGUGUCCCUCAGGAGUGUCAGCACCCACAGUGUCAGUGUCAACCCGGCCCAGUUAUCAGGUGGCCUCAGGAGGUACUCCGCAUGCUCACCUGUUAGAGGAUCUCGGUCCCCAUCACCUCCUCCCAUCCAGCUGCCAGGCAGGGCCUGCCCAGGCCAAGUUUCAACCUCCUGAAGGAGACACACUGGUCCCCCGAGGAGGGGGAGUGGCGCCUGCCUGGAUGGGUCUCUCCAGUUUUCAGAAGCCCUCCCAGUAGGUGGGCCCAGCCAGCUUCAACAGGAAAAAGACCCAGCUCAGAAAGGAGGCCUUUUAGGCAGAAAUUCCAGGGGCCUCAUCAAGGAGGGACUAUCAGCAGAGCCCCCACCCCACCCCAGGAAGGAAAGGCAGCGGGGACGGAAGAAGGGGAAAGCCGGUCCGUGGGGAGAAAGGGCAUGUUGCCGGGGGCCAGGCUCCACUCCCCCAGCAGCCACUGAUCUCCUGCUAGGAUACUGGAGCAGGCGAGCCCCAGAGCCACUCCUGGUUUUGAAACGACUCUGGAGCAACAGAAAUGAGAGAAGGCCAGUGACUUCCCAACCAGUGGCGCUGUAAGGAACAAAUCCAUGCAGGUGGACUUUCCCCCGAGACCACUAGCCUAUCAUCCAAAAUCCAGUGACUCCAGGUGGAUUUGUGACCGCUGAGCUCUACAGUAGAAAGGUCUUGGGCCAGGGGGACAGCAUGCCUGAAGGACCUGUGGCAGCAUCGCCCAGGCCUGAAGAGCUGAACGCGCCCCAGCCUCCAUGGCUGUUGAAUGAAAGGUGUCAGUUGGGCCAAGCUUCUGCCCCAUGCCUGGCCCAAGGGUAGGCUUCUCCCCAGGUGGGCCUGCAGGAUUGGUCCUGGGGCAGCCCACAGCCAGCUGGCUGCCAGGUCUUGGUGGCAGUGAGCAAAGCUGUGUCUUCAAGAGCACCCUGAAAACCUGACAGUAGGGGCACCCCAAGACAAGCCAGUCCACGCAGCGUGCACUGGGUCUCUGGGGCUGGGCAGAGAGGUGGAGUCAGGAAUCCUCGGCGACCUCAGGGCAGGGGCCACGGCAUGUGACAUGCAGGUACCAGACCUGGCCUGCCACCUCCACAUUCUCUACAGAGAGAGGGGGUGGACCAGUUGGGUUUGCCAAGUCAGCAGUAGAGCUGGCCCCAUGAACUCCCAAUCUUCGGCUUUGAAGUUGCUGGGGAGAGGCAUCUGUCCUUCUGGCCGAGGCCAGGAGCACCCAGGAAGGAGCAGGAGGACCAGCCCCAAAGCCAGGGUAAGAAAGCCAGGUGGAUGCCCCCACCCCCGGGGGGGUCCUCCUGCCACCAGCAGGCCCUCUGUGCUGCCCUUCCCCCCCACCAAGCCUGCCCGCUUGCUGCUCUCUGCGGAAGGCAGCUCCCACCUAAACACCCGCAUCCAGGUGACCCGAGGGUGAGCGAAGAAACGCACCUCUUUACAGACAUGCACUAGAUUUCUCUAAGGUUUCAAGAUGCACUGUUAAAAAAGACAUGGGGUGAACUGAUGCUCAUCUUUUCUAGACGCAAUAAAUAAGAAGUAUUUAAUGUAGUCAUGAUGGCAUUGGGCAUAAACUGUAAGAGUUCCUUUAUGUUCCACUGAGCUGAAAAUAUGUAAAUAAUUUUUGUCCCAAGGAGGAGCAGGGGUUGGGAAAGCUCAUGCUACUGGGCUGUGGGGACCGUUCCUGGGAAGUACCUGCCCUCGCCAGCAUGACUCAUGCUUCGUGGGUACUGAACACGACGGUGGAAAUGAAAACUGGAACUUCCUUGUAAAUUGAACUUGGCAAUAAAGUAGAGAACGUUACCAGAA